AAAAUUAAUAAUCUGCGGAUUAUUUGAGCACGUUUUGCCAGGUACCCAUAGUUAAAUGAUCUUAGAUUGAAAAAUCCAUAUACUAGCUCUCUAACUGUCCUACUUUUAGCAUCGCUAUGUUUGUGUAUGCAAACCUUGUGUGUAUAGACAAAAGCGAUGUAUACAUAAUUAAAUACCAAGCACUUAAGGUACAGAUCUUUUAUGUCCAUAAAUGAAUACUAAUUUGAUGAACCCAAAGAACAAAUGAAAAUGUUUGGGUAAGGCAAACCUCAGCACGUAUAUGUCUCAAAUGAUCGAUUGAUUCUACCAUAAAUAAAAUAGGUGAAAGCAUAAAAUACAAGUACACAUAGCAUAAAGGUGAAGAGCUAAAAUAAGGAAAAUGUGGAUUUUUGCACGAUGAGAUAAUGAUAUUGCAGGGUUUUUUAUACACCUGAUAUUAUCUAGAUGUUAUUAAGCAUUAAAGCAUGUUAUUGUGCAUCCUAGUUAUAUAAACAGGCAAAAACAAUUAUUAAAUGUACACUAUACCAGUAUAUUAUAUUGUUCAGUGUCACUUUGAUUGUGCAUUAACUCAGCCAUCAAUUAAAUUGAAAGGAUUCUAUUGACAAAGUUAAUCCGACAACAGUGUGGAAUACUGAAUGUGUGCUUGUACAGUAUAACAACAUUUUGAGUGGGAAAAGUCAGGAAAAAAUUGACAAGCAAGUAAUUUAUUUAAAAACUGAGAUAGAAGAUUUAGCUAAACAAACUUAAAAUGCCGUAUCUUGAUCAAUGGUGUAUACGUUGUAUUAAAUACAACAGGAACAUUAAAACAUUCGUUAUUCUGACUUUGAUUAUUGGAUCAAUUACAAUGUGGUUAGGAUCUACAGAUUUUGUUUGGAAUUCUAGAAGAACAAUGAAGUUUAAAUGGAUAUUUAGUAAAAACAUUGGACUAACAAACUAUACAAAUGAUGCAGCAAAAGCUGGACAGGUAAAGAAGCAUAUAUCAGAGAAUGCCACAUAUGAAGUAGUGCGAGGUCCAGGGUAUGUUUCUGUCCAAACCUUGGGUAGACUUGGCAAUAAUAUGUUUCAGUUCGCAGCAGUGAUCGUAAUAGCAAAGCACAAUAAAAUGAUGCCGAAUUUUCCAAAAGGAGUAUUAGAUAAGAUAUUUAACAUUGAUAGAACAAUAUUGUCAAAUAAGAUAAACAAAACACUUCCAACGCUUCGACUUCAAGAAAAAAGGGCAAGUGCAUAUGAUAAAAACGUCAUGAGAAAUAUUUCAAGGAACACUAAUGUGAGAAUUUGCUGUUAUUUUCAAUCUUGGAAAUAUUGGACAGGAAUUCAGGAAGAACUGAAAAAAGAAUUUACAUUCAAUACAGAGAUAGAUACAACUGCAAAGAACUUUAUUGACCAACAUCGUAAUAUGAACCAGACUUCAGAUCUGAAUGUCAGUAAUAUUAUAUUAGUUGGAAUACAUAUAAGAAGAACUGACAUGGCCAAAGCUUCAGAAAAUAGAAGAGGAUACCUUACUGCACCAAAAGAAUAUUUUCAAAAUGCCAUGCAAUAUUUUAGAAAUAAACAUAGAUAUGUUCGUUUUAUUGUAUGUACGGAUGAUAUCAAAUGGGCAAAAAAUAAUAUUCAAGCCCCAAAUGUGACAUUCUCAAUUGGGCAUGGAUCAGGAGUUGAUCUAGCUAUACUGUCUCACUGCAAUCAUACUAUUAUGUCCACUGGGACAUUUUCCUGGUGGGCAGCCUGGUUGGCAAACGGAGAAGUCAUAUAUUGGGCUGGAUGGCCAAAACCAAACACAGAAAUUGGACGAACUGUUGAACCAUCUGAUUAUUUUCUUCCUCAUUGGAAGGCGAUGAUAUGAAAAACUUGCAAAUCAUUGAUCUGGAUGAAAAGGCAAAGAAGAAUCAUGAACUGUGUAAGGAUUAAUAAAAUGGGUAAAAUCCAAUACAAAAAUAAACAGUAAUGUGUUCAUCAGAUUUUUAUAAAGCUAGGCAUUUAGAUAAAUAAAUAAGGACAUUGAUUUUCUAUUGAUGGUGUUAAAGUGUUGUUAUGCUUCAUAAAUGUUCUCACUGCAUUCUCGAAAAUUGGCUUAAAGGCCUCCUCACACAUUAUUAAGGAAAACAUAUCUACAAAUUUUGUCCAUUUGAUAACAUAUUGUGGAUCUUUUCUAAUGUGUUAAUGUGAAUUCACACCUUCAUUUGCAUGGAAGACUUUGAUAAAAUCCUUUUUUGAUGAUCUUUGUUCGAAAGCUGAUGUUUUGCUAAGCUUCGAAAUUCCAAAUUGAACAGUCUACUAAGAAUACCAUGGUGCAAAUAUUUUUUCUUUAUAAUAUGUCGAGCUAGGACUGCUCAAGCAAAUUCGCUUUUUGUAGCUACAAGUAUUUGAUUAAUAGAUGAUAAACUUCUCAAUAUAAGAAAUUACCCUCAUAAGACAUUGUUGCAAGGUGUGUUGCAAUGAAUGUGACAACCCGCAUUCCUGGGCUCGUCUGUGACUCGAUAAAGAAGAAUUAUCAUUGCUUAUCAAGAAUGGAUGAUUUUGCACAGGUACUCAUAUAAGAACCUCUCUCUUUUUAACACCAAUAUAAUGAUUGAACAACGGACACACUAUGUUAAAAAUAAAAUGUUGUAUCUAAUAUGCCAAUUCAAUGAUUUAGCAUAUCGAAAAUAUUUUCAACCUAAGUGACCACAUCGUGACAUCACUUCGGUCAACAUUUUUCAAUGUCAAUCUUUCCUAAAUAUGCUAAACUUAAAAAAACGCAAUGUUGACUGUCUAACCAGGUUAAAAGGACAAAUAUAUUAUGUUUUUAAUAUUUUUUGAUAUUAUUUUACCAUUGCGGUUUCUAUGAGAAAUAAAAUUUUGAAAUGCAUCUUUCCC